AGAGCAGAUUGGGGGCGGGGAGAAGGGAGGUACAAUCCACGUUCAGUCGAAACCAUUUUUCUCCCUUCUGAGAAUCCAGGAGGAGCUGGAGGCCUGGCUGUUGUAGUCACGGUGAGUUAGUGUUACAGUCUGUCUGCCAGUUUUUUUUUAGCGGCGUUUCUGGUUGGGGUGCGACCGCAGGGAGGACAGGGGCUCUAUCGCGCUGGGUCCGCUCUGUGCUUUUUACCGUGGAAGGUUCAUUCCCAGAGCCCAGACUCCACACCGAGCCCCCAGCACCACGGCAGCCACAUUGAAGGUUGGAUCCCGAGCAGUGCAAAAUAUGCUGUGGGCAAGAAAACAACUAACUGAAGAGAAAGUGAACCCGCAGUCUCCUGCCAAAUCUAAUCACAUCAUUAGUCAAUAAGCUAUUGCCUUCAUUAACCUUUGAUCAUUGUACUAUGGCUUGUAAAUUUGGAACUUACAGUUUUCCACAAAGAUUGAAGCUGCUGCUAAUUAUUGUUAGUCUUGGCUCUAUUCUUACUUGGAUAGUAACUCACAAUAUCCAGGACCUCGUGUGGGAAGUAAAUCCACAACCCUUGGGACAAAAAGUGCAACGAUGGACUGGAGUUCAAAUCGUAUCAACAGGUCCACAAAAACCACAGCCAGUGACCCCAACUCCAACAAGUCUUCCACUGUGUGCUUUUCUAUCACCUUACCUACGUGGUGCAACAGGAUUAAAAUUUGAUGCACAAUUAACCUUUGAAGAAGUUCAGAAAAGAAACCCAAAAGUGAAAGAAGGGAGGUGCAAACCGCAAGAAUGUCAUGCUCUUCAGCGUGUUGCUAUACUGAUUCCGUACAGGAACCGGGAAAGACAUCUCCUUUACUUACUUGAGCAUUUACAUCCAUUUCUACAGAGGCAGCUUCUGGAUUAUGGGAUAUAUAUUAUUAAUCAGGCUGGUAAUGGAGUGUUUAACCGAGCAAAGCUGUUGAAUGUGGGCUUCUUGGAAGCACUGAAGGAAUACCCAUGGGAUUGUUUCAUUUUCCAUGAUGUUGAUCUUGUACCAGAAAAUGACUUCAAUCUGUACCAUUGUGAUCAUGAACCAAAACACCUUGUUGUAGGCCGGAAUUCUACUGGAUACAGGUUGCGCUACAAAAUGUACUUUGGUGGAGCGACCGCAAUGACCAAGCAGCAAUUCACUCGAGUCAAUGGAUUUUCCAAUCGUUAUUGGGGAUGGGGUGGUGAGGAUGAUGACCUUCGCAUAAGAGUUCAACUGCAGAAAAUGAGGAUUGUCCGCCCCUCUCUUGAAGUUGCCCGAUACACAAUGACUUUCCACACAAGGGACCAUGGAAAUGAAAUCAACCCGGAGAGGAUGGCACUACUAAAGAAAGUUCCACAAGUUUGGAGUAAAGAUGGUUUGAAUUCCUGCUCCUACAAGGUGCUAACAAUACAACAUAAACCCUUGUACAUUAACAUUACUGUGGACAUUGGUGAUCCUCGCCACAAUCCUGAAGUUGCUGUCUAAAUGCAGCAUCCCAGCUUUCACAAGUGACUUACAAAUGAUCGGCAGCUGUUGUACAGGUUCUCCUUUUUGGGCUGGAUGAAUAAAUUUAAGGUUGCAUUGCUUUGUCACUGUAUAAAUAUGUGACAUUUUGUGUGUUGCCUGGAUAUAAAGGGAAAUGAAACACAGACAA